AUGAUAAAGAAGGCACUCGAGGAUGCUCUCGAAGAACGACGUCAUAAGAAACCACUUUCACGUGUGCCAACAGAUCUAUUCGUACCAUUCCAAGACACAGGUCCAAUGGAAGUGGACGAAGGACUCGGCAUGCGCAACAGAGGAUGCGCUCUUGAGACGUUCGUGCCGCUUGGAAACUGUUCAGAACCCGGUGACGAGGUGUCCUGGGCGCGCACGAGCAACUUUGUUCAAGUAAGUAAAUUUCGAUUCAUCGCGCCAGACAUCCCUGAAAAAAAUCCAAUGCUGAGCCCCGUCGCGCAGAAUGACGGCUUUGUUAAGAUUACGAAUGUUCUUGCAGUGUGCCGUGGUAUCUACAUGUUAGCUGAAAACUGUUUUCCGACAUUUUUCAACUCGGUGCUUUGCAAUCAACAAGAGACGGGCUGUAUCUUUGACAAUUUCUCCGACAGAGCCCAUGGCAUAUGUCGGUCCGAGACCUUGUCGUUACGGGUGCUGCGAAAUCGCGGUGACACCGAAUGUGAGGACUGGGUAAUCGAGCACAUUGAGGUACGUGUUCUCUUUCUGUACCUCAUGACUCAUAGAUUAUUCCGCUUCCCAUUCAAAACACCUGUUCUCCAGGCAAUUACUUGA